GCUGCUGUGAGCGAGAAGCCAGGGAACACCGAGACUCUCCUGAAAGACACCGAGAUCGCCGCGGCGGAGGACAUCGCGUUCGGCGUGGCGCACCACAUGCGGUUCAGGAGCUGGAAGGCAGACGAGGCCAUCAAGCGCUGCGAUUGGUUACAGCUGAUGUCCCUGUUGGAAAGCGGCGCUGCAGAUGGCGCGCCCUCGGCAGAUCUCGCGACGACGACCCUCGAGCGAGUCGGCACGGGCUUGAUUUCGGCCGUCGCGAAGUCGGACGCCAAGAAGGGAGGCGGAUCGUUUGCUGCCGUGGUUGCCUUCGCUGGCGCCGCGCGGGAUGCUCUCCAGCGGGCCCCCGCCGACCCUGCGCGGCCAGUGUGGGAGGAGGAGCUGAAGGGUCAAAUCCAAGUUCUCUGGGCAGUGUCGCGCGCGAGCACUGCCCCGCUGACUGAGGUGGAGGAGGCGCUGGAGGCGCUCCCGCAGCGGGAGGGGGCCUUGGGCGUCGCUUUGAACACGAGCCCGGGCGGCAAAGUCCUCGUUGGUUGGGCGGAGUCGGCCAUGAAGAAGCGGUCCCACGAGGAGGCUGCUCUCCAGUGCGCCCAGGCAGCCCGGGAGCUCUUCGCGCAGGUGACGGGCCAUGCCGCCGGGGAGCAGUGGCAGAAUUGGACCGAGGAGGUGUCGCGCGCCUGCAAGAAGCAGAAGGAGGCCGUGUCCAAGGCGGGCGCGCUGCAGGAGGCCGACCGGCACCAACUCGCCAGGGAAGGCACGGCGUUCGAGGACGUGGUCCUCGGGUUGCUCUUGCGCUCGCCCCGCGAGGAGGAGCUCCUGACUGCCGCGUGCGUCGAGCGGCUGGAGUUGGAGCACGGCUGGUCGACCGUCGAGGAGUGGGCGCCUGAUGGCAUCAAGGGCCCCCACGAGACCGCCUUCGGGGCGGUGUUGAAGGUCUCUGGCGUGACAGUGUCUGCGGAAGACAACGUAGAGGGGCUGCAGUCGCUGUUCUCCCUCGCGCUGGGCACGGCGGCGCGCGCGCGCAGGGCCUUGGGCCGCAGCGUUCUGGCCAGAGCCAAGGGUGCAGCAGAACAGUCUCUGAAGCGCGUGGACUCGGCGGCGUGGCAACGGAAGGAAUUUCAGGCCUUCUUGAAUAUCUCCAAGCUGCUGAGCGCGGAGCCGCCCGAGGACACCUGGAAGGAAGCGGACAUGUGGCUGUGCAGCGUCGCGGCCGUCGCCGACGCCAAGGAGCUUGCCGAGCAGGCCGGGGGCGAGCUGAACCUGGAGCUGUGGGAGAACGCGAGCGACGCCGUGCGCCAGCUCGGGGGCAUGGUGCAGCCGGAGCGCGCCUUCCAGACGGUCAUCGCGAAGACUUUCGACGCUUCUCUGGAAGAUGUGGAGGCAGCAGUGGGGGCCAGCAAGGAGCUGCACGCGCAGGCCGUGCCAUGGCUGGAGAAAGUCGCGCAGGAGCGGGCUGAACGCCCCGUCAAGCGGUUCGACGCCGAGCCAGCCGUGCGCGCCGCGAAGGAGCUUCUUGAGAGGAGCCCCAUCCCCGAGACGCUGCAGGAAGCGGCCGAGUUCUUAAAGGUUGUCGGUGGCACCGUGGACAUGCCGGAGACCUUCGGCGGCAAGGGUGGGAAGAUGGUUGAUGCUGUCAACAAGGUGAUCGGUGGCUUCUCUCUCAUAAAGGAGGUGUACCGCGACCCCCGUCUUGAGUCGCAGGUGGACUCCAUGACGUCACAGUUGCGACGGCGGCUCUUCCUGGUCGCCUGGUGCGCGAACGUGACGUCGUCGAUUUGGGAGGCGAAAGGCCAGUCGAGGAUUCUGACCCAGCAGAAGCAGAAGGUCCGCGAUGCCAUGAAGAACCUCAUCAGCGUCGCAGAGGAGCCUGACAAGACGAAGGGGGAGUUCCCCGCGCUCGAGGGCCGCCUGAUCCCCGAGAUCCUUCUGAACGCGGGGAAGGCGAUCCUCGCCGGCCGCGCAGUGAGCGGGGAGAGCGAGGCGGAGGGCGCCAGCGGUGCAGCAGACAGCGCGCCUGGGAGCGGGGCCGGCGGCACUGACCAGAAAGGGUGCGCCCGGGCUGCGCCCGGGGCCGCCGAGAGGGCCAGGGUGGGCGACGCGGCGUCGUUUCCAAAGGCGACGCCGCAUUCCCCAGCGGUUCUGGCGGCGAAGAGAGCCAGCAUUGGCGGCGCCCCUGCGUGCAAGUCCGCGCGCAAGGCCGCGUAG